AUGACCCACAAGAUGACCCACAAGAUUACCCACAAGAUGACCCACAAGAUUACCCACAAGAUUACCCACAAGAUUACCCACAAGAUUACCCACAAGAUGACCCACAAGAUGACCCACAAGAUGACCCACAAGAUGACCCACAAGUAGACCCACAAGAAGACCCACAAGGUGACCCACAAGAUGUAGUGCACGAUAUAAAAGCAUUCUUACUAACUCACAAGAAUGACCCACAAGAUGACUCACCAGAUGGCCUACAAGAUGUACUGCAUGAUAUAAAAGCAUUCUUUACUAACUCACAAGAUGUAAUGCACGAUGAAUUAUUACAAUUUCAACAUUCUUUUUUCCCACCAUACAAUUAUUCAUAUAAUGAUUUUCUUUUCGAUAUUUAUGAUCCAGCUUCAUAG